UGGCGGGCGGCGGCGCGGCGCGCUGCUGCGACACGGGCCGGCCGCUGUUCACGGACCCGCUGACGGGCCAGAGCGUCUGCUCGUGCCAGUACGAGCUGCUGGGCUACCAGCGACUCGCCGCGCCGCCCGGCCUGCCGCUCUCCAUGUACUCGGCGCCCUACGCCACGCCCGACGGCAUGGCCGCCUACUUCCCCGCGCUGGGAGCCGACCAGGCGCCCUUCUACACCUCCACCGCGGGCCUGGAGCUGAAGGAGAACCUGGCGGGCGCGGGCUGGCCCUACCCGUCCGUCUACCACCCGUACGACGCCGCCUUCGCCGGCUACCCCUUCAAUGGGUACGGAAUGGACCUGAACGGCGCGCGACGGAAGAAUGCGACCCGAGAAACGACGAGCACGCUCAAGGCGUGGCUCAACGAGCACAAAAAGAACCCGUACCCCACCAAGGGCGAGAAGAUCAUGCUGGCCAUCAUCACCAAGAUGACGCUGACGCAGGUGUCCACGUGGUUCGCGAACGCGCGCCGCCGCCUCAAGAAGGAGAACAAGAUGACGUGGGAGCCGCGCAACCGCGUCGACGACGAAGACAACAACAACGAGGAGGACAGCGGCCGCAAGAGCGCCGACCACCACAAAGACCCCGACUGCAAGGACUCUGGGACGGGGUCCAGCGAGGACGGCGACCGGCCGCGCAGCAGCGAGUGGGGCGGCUCGCGGCCCGAGUCGCCGGCCGACUGCCUGCCGCCGCCCCCGCAUCUGCUGUACACGCGGCCAGCGGGGGCGGGAGCGGGGGCGGGUGCGCCGCUCAGCUCGCAGCAGUCGGCGCCCGCGGGGCCUAGCAAGCCGCGCAUCUGGUCGCUGGCAGACAUGGCCAGCAAGGACCGCGACCCGUCGCCGCCGGUCGCGCCGCAGCACCAGCACCAGCCCGCCCCCGCCGUCGCCGCCCCCACCGCCUCCCACCCACAGCCGGCGCCGGGGCCUCUCGCGCCUUCCGCCGCCUCCGCCUCCGCCGCGGCCGCCGCCGCCUAUUACUCGGGCAAGCUCGUCGCCCCGCUUGCCGCACCUGCGCACCGCCACCACCUGCUGUACCCGCGGCCGCACCCGGAGCUGUACCGCGGCUUCUACGCGGCGGCGGCGGCGGCAGGCCACCACGACGCCUACUCGCGGCUGUCCAAGGCGGCGUCGCUGGCGGCGGCGCAGGCGCAGGCGCAGGCGCAGGCGCAGGUGCACGCGCACGUUCACGCUCACGCGCACGCGCACGCUCACGCGGCGCAGGGCCUGACGGUGGCGCCCGCGCCCGCCUCCUCGUCCUCGUCGUCCAGCUCGUCGGCGUCGGGCGCCGACCCGCCGGAGAAGAACUGA